CCUACCGAUUAGUGAUUUUUAGUCGGUAAAAUGGCCGAGCCGGAGCAGAGAAAUAAAGAAAACUGUACUGGAGGAACGAAGGAAACGAUGGUGAAGCAAGAAAAGCGUGAGAACACGUUGACGAAUGGCGGGAAGGGAUCGGGCGAUGACGCGGACAGCCUCGAGGAAAUGCCUCUUGAUAUAGGCGAACACUACCUCGUUCGCAGAUCCGACGAUUCUUGGCAUCCUGCAGAGAUAAUACAAACCCGUUAUAACGAAAGUGAAAGCCAUUACGAAUAUUAUGUACAUUAUGAAGGACACAACAGAAGGUUGGACGAAUGGGUGCCGAGAGACAGAAUCAUGUCCAGCAGAUUUGACAUGAGUGAUAGAAGCUGGAAGAGUGGAGAUAGGAAUUCUAGUACUGAUUUAUUAGCAGAUUCUUCGGACCGUAAAAUUACAAGAAACCAGAAAAGGAGGCAUGAUGAAAUUAAUCAUAUUCAGAAGACAUAUGCAGAAAUGGAUCCCACAACAGCAGCUUUAGAGAAAGAACAUGAAGCUAUAACAAAAGUCAAAUACAUUGAUAAAAUUCAAAUUGGAAAGUAUGAGAUAGACACUUGGUACUUCAGUCCAUAUCCAGAAGAAUAUGGUAAACAGCCUAAGUUGUGGAUUUGUGAGUACUGUUUGAAGUAUAUGCGUUUGGAAAAAACUUACAGGUAUCAUAUGAGUGAAUGUACUCACAGGCAACCAGUUGGAAAAGAAAUAUAUCGGAAAGGUACAUUGAGCAUUUGGGAGGUUGAUGGCAGAGAGCAUAAAAUUUAUUGUCAAAACCUGUGCUUGCUCGCCAAGUUAUUUUUAGAUCAUAAGACUCUUUAUUUUGAUGUAGAACCGUUCCUUUUUUACAUUCUUUGCGAAGUUGAUAAACAUGGGGCACAUUUAGUUGGUUACUUUUCAAAGGAAAAAGAAUCACCUGAUGGGAACAAUGUCGCUUGCAUUCUUACUUUGCCACCGUUUCAAAGGCAAGGAUACGGAAAACUCCUAAUAGCUUUCAGCUAUGAGUUGAGUAGAUUAGAACAGACAGUUGGCAGCCCUGAAAAACCAUUGAGCGACUUGGGAAAGUUAUCAUAUAGAAGUUAUUGGAGCUGGAUUCUCUUGGAAAUCCUUAGAGAUUUUCGUGGUACUCUCAGUAUCAAAGAUUUAAGCCAGAUGACGAGCAUUUCACAGACAGAUAUCAUAUCAACACUGCAGAGCAUGAAUAUGGUGAAAUACUGGAAAGGGCAACACGUGAUUUGCGUAACGCCAAAGUUAGUCGAGGAACACAUUAAAAGUAGUCAGUAUAAGAGACCACGGUUGACGGUGGACAGCAGCGCUCUCAGAUGGGGCGCGCCACCUAGAAAGAACGUAAAACCUGGCAAGAAAUAGCGGAAAGUAGAUGGAAAUUCGGUGGUCUUUACCGCUAUGAGAUUCACGAUUUAAACACGUUUAACAAACACCCGACUCACAGCUGCACACGAUAGUUUGGAAAGAUGUUUCGGAGUUUGUUAAACAUCUUCUAGAUGGAUUACAGUUUUCGCUAAACGCGAAUUAUACGUGCGAACCUUGGUGUCUACUUGGAAAGAUAACACCUUGUGACCACGUUGGAAGUGUAGAAACGGCGAAUAACAUUUCAAGAGUCCUCUUAUAGUUCUGCUUUUUCUUUUAGCAGCAUGUUAUGAGAGAACACCAAGAGGACACCGUGAAAUACCAUGUAUUUGACUAAUAACGAAAGGAAUUACCUUCAGUCAUAUUUCAGAGAAAUACAGAUGUAUUACACCUGAGAAUUAACAUCAAUGAUACCACGCAGUAUUAGACCAUAUUAACGAUUUUCUUGUGUAAAUUCGUUAAUAAUAAACCACAUAUAUUCACAAUCACUGAUUUCUUGCCCAAGUAUGUAUGAUCUUUAUUACGAUUCUAUGAACAAUCAGUUCUAUAUUGAACGAAACAUACUUAUUUGGAUCACUGGAGUAUUUUAUAAUAAUACAAAACUGAAAUGUCUCGCAAGAAUGUUGCAAACCGUGUCAAACCCUGGUUUAUGGUUACAAUUUUGCCACAGAAGACUUGUGCAUUUCCUUUGCCAGUUGUACAGCAUACUUAGCAGUGCCAGGAGCAGUGCAUACUCCAUAUCCACCAUGUCCAUAAUUGUGUACCACCUAUAAUAAAAAUUUAUUAAUGACAAUGCAAUUUUAUAACGAAUUUAAUAAGAACUUAAAAGAAUUUAAAAUUCUGACUAACGUUCGCUUUGGAGAGUCCAUUUGUAAUGUGCUCAGCUUCUACUCUGACGUUGUUCUCCCUAUGCGGUCUCAAACCAACUUCCUCGCGUAAGACAUUAGCAUUUUUAAGGGCUGGAAUUAAUUUAUUGCACCGUUCACGAAUGGCCAUUGACUCGUAAGAACAUAGUUUCGUGUUCUCAGAAUCAAAACUUCUGGAACCACCAAGAGUAACCACGCCGUUAAAGCCUGGUAUAAUGUAGGUGUCCAGUUCACCGUAAAAAAAUGUUUUCAUCCACGGUGCCUUUACCUAAGGAGAUUGUCAAACGUUACACGUUGUUAUUUCUGUAUCUUUUUAAGCUCACAAGUUAUUUGUUACAGUCAAUUAAUACGAUGAUCGUACUUUAAUGACUUGGCCGCGUAUAGAAACAAGUCGUCUAUCAUUACACAGUGAUCUUGCACCAAAACCUGUACAGUUUAUAAUCAAAUCCCAAUCGGGAAUAAGUUCUGUCAGAGAAUCGAGUUUCUUUGUAAUCAAUUUAGUUCCACUUUCUUGUAAUCUGAAACAGUUAAAAUAUGUAAUUUUUAUGUUAAAAUCUAAUGAUAACUAACAAAAAAAAAAAUGUAUUACUUUGUACGAGCCCAUGGUAGAUAUAGUUUGCAGUCAGUAAGGAGGGUCGUGAAAAACGAUCCAUACUUCCAACUACCUCCGACUAAUUGAAAUUCUUCUUCUGAGGCUUUUCUGUAUGUUGGUACCAAGCUUUCCAACCAUUGGCUCUAUUUUCCCGAAAAAAUUAACAUAUUGUUUUUGGUACAUGUAGUUUCAUGCAAUUCCACAGAAUUAUAAAUAUUAUAAUUUACUUUGACGGUUUCCGGGGAAGAAUUGGCAAACAUAUAACCGGAAAUGCUAGUUACUCCAGCAAGCGAGGCCUCAUGCGACUUCCGGAUGUUAUCAUAAUAUUCGUACGAGUUUACAAUCCAUUCCCUGAAAGAUUAUAAUUUGUUAAUCGAUUUCUUAAAUAAAAUGUAAAUAUUUAAUAAUUCUGUAGCAUUUAAUGAAUACACUUUUGUUAUGUACAUUGAAAAAAGAUAAUAUAAUUUGAUAUUAAGAAAAAUUUUCGUUAUAUUACUUCGUGAUUCGUUCGGUAGGUCCAGAGUAGGAUGAUCCAACUCUGAAUAUUCCUGCGGCCACAUGGCUAACCGUACAAUUGAAAUCGGACGCAAAAACUGCAAUUUCAGCAUUACGUAACUCGCGUUGUAACUGCAAAGCUGUUGUUAAGCCAACCACUCCACCUCCAACUAUGGCUAUCUUCAUCUUCAGCUUUCGGAGAGCCUAUAAAUCUUUGGUACAUGUUUAUUUCGACCACAUAUAGUUAUAACAGAAUUUUAUUUAAAUCUCUGUUUCAACAUGCUUGGAAUAACUGAUACGAGUAUUUAAUUGGAAAUUAUUUCAUUUAAAACAAAAGAAAAAAUUGAAGCUUGUUAUAUUCUCAUUGAUCAAGUAACAAAAUUUUCAUUAUACCAAUUAGAACUGGAAAAAUAAAAUUUUAAACAGGAAGUGUCAACGAAAGUUCAAUAAAAAUUUUCUUAGUUACCGAGUGCGGUACUUUAAAGUAAAAAUCUGUUGAACCGUAUGCUUUAACUGCUAAUUAUCAAAACACAAAGGCACUCAGUUCACGUAUUCGACCAUCUUACAUCUUAUGACUGCUUAUCUUUUGUUGUGAGAGCAAGUUAUUAUAUACAUACAUAUAUAUGUAUAGAAACAUGUCGAUACCCUAUCACAGUAUACGUGUACGAGCUUCGAAA